AUGAAAAUAUAUUAGCCACACAUCUAGAAACUUCGCACUAGUCUUCUCACUAAGGCUCAUCUUCUAACUCAGUCAUCAAGAUAACAGUUCAGCAGUGCAGAGGGAGAAUAGGAGUAGCCUACUUUCUUUAAGGGACAGAAUAUACGUUAUAUUCCAAAGAAGAGACUUUAAUUUGAUUAUGUAUGCGCUGAUGGUCCAAUGCAUUUAAUCUUUUAAGCAAGUGAAGACAACUUAAAGAGAACAUAGUCUUGGAAAAUUUCAACAGCAGUUGCAGUACCAGCCACACUUUUGGCAUACUUUACCUUAGGUGCUUCUUAGAUGUUCGUCUACCCUAUGUUAUUCCUACCCACACUUUACAACCUAUAUGAUUCUAUAAGACUUAGAAAGCUAUUCGGCUCGGAGUGUCAUAAAUUAUGGCUUUACAAGAACGGAGAUUAAGUGCUGAUGCAGACCUUUGAUGGAAUGCUACACAAGAUGAACAUUAUCGACAUGAACUCUCACUAGCUUGUUGACAAGAAGGACUACUUGAACUUCAUAGUCAACAACAGUGGCAGAGAUUACCUCUUAUCUAAUAAAAACUGCGCAGCAAUUGAUUAUGACUUGAUUGAUAGAAUAAUAAAGGGCAUUCAGAUUGACUCUAAUAAGUUUCAGUCUCUCUACAACAGACUCAUUUAUAGACAAACUCCUUAGAACUUAAAACCAUAAGAGUUUAAUAGAUUCUUGCCUUAGGCCCUUAAUUUUAACGAAAACAGAACCAUUUGGAAGAUUCUUAACCGCACCAUCUACCGUGAGGAUUCUCGCAAUUGGCUAAGAAAUCAGAGUAAUUUUACAACUGAACUCAGUAGGAAGAACAUCACUCCCUAGGAAAGAGAGGUGAUUAGGAAACUGAUAAAGGAUCAUGGCAUCAAAUAUCUCUACUCAGAGAAGCAGUUCUACAAAAUACAUAAAAUGUCUAGAGCUGAGUUUCUCAAGAAAUUAGAUGCUUGCUAGACCUAAGAAGAGAAGGAAACAGUCAUAAUGGCUCUAUAUGAAGAUCCCUUUAUUCAAGGCAGAAGAGGAGUAGUAGAUGUGGAAGAAGCAGUCAGAAUCGUACAUAGAAAGAUUGAGGAAAGAGAGAAGUUCUUCAAGUUUUCAGAGAAAUUUGCCAGAGGAAUAGAUCUCAGAUAAGCAUCCAGGUCUGGUACCUCAUUUGCAUCUCUAAAAGAUCUAGUGUGA